AAUUCCAUUCCUCAUCCAAUUCUUUUUUAUCUUAAUAAUAAUCUUGGUCCAAAAGCCAUGGCUUCUAAGCUCAUUUUCUCUUCGCUAACAACAUUACUAUCUCUUCUCCUUCUUUUACUUCCUUUCUUCACGUCUCUAUCUUUAGCAGAUUCUCCUCCUAGCAAUCCGACCUCUCCUGGAUCCCUUUGCAACUCCACUCCUGAGCCUGCCUACUGCAAAUCGGUGCUUCCUAAACAUAAUGCCAAUGUCUACGAUUAUGGCCGAUAUUCCGUUCGCAAAUCUUUAUCUCAAUCCCGUAAAUUCUUGAGCUUGGUCGACAAAUAUCUUGCCCGCCGGUCGUCUUUGUCAAUAUCUGCAAUUCGUGCUCUUGAAGAUUGCCGAUUACUGGCAGGUUUAAACAUGGAUUUCUUGUUAAACUCUUUUCAUACUGUGAAUACCUCUAGUACAACCCUUUCUUCUUUGAAAGCUGAUGAUGUGCAGACCUUUCUUAGUGCCAUUUUGACAAAUCAGCAAACCUGUUUAGAGGGUCUACAAGCUACAGCUUCUGCUUGGAGUGUAAAGAAUGGUCUUGCUGUCCCAUUGUCUAAUGACACAAAACUUUAUAGUGUUUCUUUAGCUUUGUUUACGAAAGGUUGGGUUCCAAAGAAAAAGAAAGGGCGUACAUGGCAGCCUACAGGCAAGCAGCUUGCUUUUAGCAAUGGAAGAUUGCCUCUAAGAAUGUCUAGCAAGACACGAACGGUUUUCGAGUCGGUGAGCAGAAGGAAACUUCUGCAGACAGAUGAUCAGAACGAUGCCGUGUUGGUGAGUGAUAUUGUGACCGUGAAUCAGAACGGCACUGGUGAUUUCACUACUAUCAACGAUGCUGUCGCUGCAGCGCCAAAUAAUACUGAUGGUUCCAAUGGCUACUUCAUGAUUUUUGUCACCGCCGGUGUCUAUGAAGAGUACGUUUCAAUACCAAAGAACAAGAAAUAUUUGAUGAUGGUUGGGGCCGGUAUCAACCAGACUAUCAUUACAGGGAACCGCAGCGUUGUUGAUGGAUGGACUACUUUCAAUUCUGCCACAUUUGCUGUGGUGGCACCAAACUAUGUGGGGGUGAACAUAACUUUCCGGAACACGGCCGGGGCGAUCAAGCAUCAGGCAGUUGCAUUAAGAAGUGGAGCUGAUUUAUCCACAUUUUACAGCUGCAGUUUUGAAGGGUACCAAGACACCUUAUAUACACAUUCUCUAAGGCAAUUCUACAGCGAAUGUGACAUAUACGGAACUGUAGACUUCAUAUUUGGAAAUGCUGCAGUCGUUUUCCAGAACUGCAAUUUGUAUCCCCGUCUACCAAUGAGUGGCCAAUUCAACGCCAUCACCGCACAAGGCCGGACCGACCCGAACCAAAACACAGGUACUUCAAUACAUAAUUGUACAAUUAGAGCAGCUGACGAUUUAGCUUCGAGCAAUUCGACCGUACGGACAUAUCUUGGGAGGCCAUGGAAGGAGUACUCAAGAACGGUGUACAUGCAAAGUUACAUGGAUAGUUUGAUACACCCAGCUGGAUGGCAGAUCUGGAGUGGAGAUUUUGCGCUAAGUACGUUAUAUUAUGCAGAGUAUAACAACACCGGACCAGGAUCUGAUACCAAUAACAGGGUUACAUGGGAGGGUUACCAUGUGAUUAAUGCCACUGAUGCAGCUAAUUUUACAGUGUCUGGCUUCUUGCUGGGCCAAGAUUGGAUACCUCGAACAGGGGUUCCUUUUACAGCGGCAUUGAUAUGAUCUUACUAAUUUUUUAUUUUUUUUUUAAGUUAUUUCAUUUUAAUUUUUAUUCUUUUUAUUCCGUAGAUGUAUUGGGAUUUGGCGGUGGAAUAAGCAAUGUAUUCUUCCUAUUGUCUUACCGAAUGCAAUUCUUUUGACCAAAUUGUGAAAUGAAAAGAAUCAAUAAUUUACUCC